AUGUUUUCUAUCUUGGCUACUCUCCUUCUUGCCGCUUCAGCUGUGACUUCUGUCUCCGCGCAUGCUUCUCUUGCUCCAGUUCAUUGGAAGCGCGACAAUCUUGAGGCACGUGAGUCUCUUGAGAAACGAUGUGGCGAUAUCCUAGCUGCACGUCGACGCAAACGGGCCUUGCAUGUAUCAGAAAGUAUCACUUACCCUCUCUCCCUGGUUCCACCGCCGGCUAAUGUCGCUGUGGCCCGUAGAACGACGUCGAGUAACGAUAGUACCUGUUUCGUAACUCCAGAGGUUACUCAAGGGCCCUAUCAUAUUUUAGGUGAAAUUGUGAGGCAGAAUAUGACUGAGGGACAAGGUGGAAUCCCCCUGGAAGUUUCUGUUGAUUUCAUUGAUAUCAAUACCUGCGACCCCAUUCAGGUUUGGGUUGACGCUUGGCACGCGAAUGCUACGGGCUUCUAUGCAGGAUACAUCGCAGAGACAGGCUCGUAUCUUUCUAGCGGCGAUUCCGGUGAAGGCAACGCGACCAGCGAAGGUGGAGAAUCUAUGACCAGUUUUGCCAGCAGUGGUAGCUUUGGUGGUUCGGGUGCGCCAACCCAAACCGCUGAUACAGCGUCGACCACCACCAGUUAUGGUGCCUAUAGCGGCGCCGACUCAGAAAGUGCUGCCAGUAUGCUCGAUACACCUGUGGACGACAACAGCACCUUCCUUCGAGGCGUUUGGCAAUCAGACGAGGAUGGGCAUUUGACCAUGUAUUCGGUCUUCCCUGGAUGGUAUUCUCAACGGGCCCAACAUUUCCACAUCAAGGUCUAUCCCAAAGGAGAAAUUGCAGCGAACGGCACUUUCAUUGCUGGCAGAAGCGCCGUGCAUACAGGCCAGUUCUUCUUUGACAAUGACACCUUGCAGGCAGUUGCUGCCAACUCCAUCUAUGCUGCGAACUCUAUACCGUGGUCUGACUCUGUCAGCAAUGAAGACGACAAGUGGUACCCUUACCAGUCCGCCACAGGCUACAAUGCUGAUAUGGAUAUUACCUGGGUUGGUGACAAUAUCACAGAUGGACUUAUCGGAAGUAUCACCGUAGCACUCAACUUGUCUUACACAAGCCUGGAGCUCAGCACUCAGUACGCCGAAUUUGAUGUCGAAGAAUAUGAAGAGGAGGGCCUUCUUCCAUCGGCAUCAUUAUCUGCAUAA